UCUGUGCUCAGUCAGAGGGUGCUGGGGCCGCUUUCUCCCCUCCCUUCUUGCUUCUCUGUUCACAUAACUCAGGCGUCCUCCAGCCAGCCUUUGCCCACUGGGCUCUCUGACCCUGAGCGUUCAGAGGUUUAGCAAGUCGCUGAGAAUGAGCACUUUUUUCUCUGAGACGGCAUGGAUCUGCCUGGCUGUCCCCGCCGUGCUGGGGGGGACAGUUCUUUGCAAAUACAAUCGGAGCCCAGGACCAGUGUGGAGUCGGGCAGUCUGCCUCGCAGGCCUCUGGGGAGGGGCUUGCCUGCUCAGCUUGUCCCUCUGGUGGGGCUUGAUCCUCUUCUCCCUGUCGUGUGUCCUCAUGUAUACUUACUUAUCGGGCCAAGAGUUGUUACCUGUGGAUCAAAAAGCAGUCUUGGUGACAGGUUGUGAUUCCGGGAUUGGUCAUGCUUUGUGCAAGUAUCUGGAUGAGCUGGGCUUCACGGUGUUCGCUGGAGUUCUGAAUGAAAAGGGCCCAGGAGCAGAGGAAUUGAGAAAAAGCUGCUCCUCGCGCCUCCUGGUUUUCCAAUUGGAUAUCACCAAUCCGGCGCAGAUAAAAGAUGCUCACAGCAAAGUUGUGGCAACGCUGCAGGGCAGAGGACUGUGGGCUGUGGUCAACAAUGCUGGGAUCAUUGGCUUUCCAGCUGAUGGGGAACUAAUUCCCAUGACUGACUACAAACGAUGCAUGACCGUGAACUUCUUUGGGCCUGUGGAAGUCACAAAGGCAUUUUUGCCUCUUCUCAGGAAAUCCCAGGGGAGGCUGGUGAACAUCAGUAGCAUGGCAGGAGGGUGCCCAAUGGAAAAGCUGGCAGCCUAUGGCUCAUCAAAGGCGGCUCUGAUCAUGUUUUCAUCCAUUAUGAGAAAAGAGCUUUCCCAAUGGGGAGUGAAAGUCAUCGUCAUCCUACCUGGAGGCUUCAAAACAAGUAGGUCUCUGAGCUCAGAAGUGCUGAGAUGCUCAUUCUGGAAGGAUCCUGAAGGUUCUCUUG